AUGGCGGCGGCGGGCGCGGGGGCCGGGCCCGGGCCCGGCGCGGGGCCCUCGGCUGGCGCGGGGGCCUCGAACCCGCGCAAGUUCAGCGAGAAGAUCGCGCUGCAGAAGCAGAGGCAGGCGGAGGAGACCGCGGCCUUCGAGGAGGUUAUGAUGGAGAUCUGCUCCACACGGCUACAGGCCCAGAAGCUGCGCCUGGCCCACGGGCGGGGCCCGUUCUACAGCGGCUCCCUGCCCAACGUCAACCAGAUCGGCUCCGGCCUGCCCGACUUCCAGGGCCCGUCCCCUCUGGACUCCACGCGGAGCACGCGGCACCAUGGGCUGGUGGAGCGGGUGCAGCGGGACCCCCGCCGGAUGGUGUCCCCCCUGCGCCGCUACGUCCGCCAGAUCGACAGCUCCCCCUACGGACCCACCUACUUGUCGCCUCCGCCUGAGCCCAGCUGGAGGAGGACUAUGCCCUGGAGCAACUUCCCGAUGGAAAAAGGACAUUUAUUCCGGCUGCCCUCAGCUCUCAACAGGACAAAUUCCGACUCGGCCCUGCACACGAGUGUGAUGAACCCCCCUCCCCAGGACUCCUACCUGGGCCCCUCCCAGCCUGCCCCCCCACCUGGUCGACGCACGGGUUUCCUGGACGGGGACUCGGACAGCAAAGUGUUUCUUUUCCAAGUGCCUCCCAUCGAAGAGAACUUUGAUGACAACAAGCACUCGCUGAAGCCCUGGGACACCAAGAAGCUCUCAUCCUCCUCGGCACGGCCCCGAUCCUGUGAGGUCCCGGGCAUCCAUGUGUUCCCGUCCCCGGACCAACCUGCCAACGUGCCCCUCAUGCCCUCGGCCCUCAACACGGGGGGGUCCCUGCCCGACCUGACCACGCUGCACUUCCCGUCCCCCCUGCCCACCCCCCUGGACCCCGAGGAGGCCCCGUUCCCCCCCCUGAGUGGGGGCAGCAGCACCUCCAACCUGGCCACCACCAUGACCCACCUGGGCAUCAGCGGCACCGGCACGGGGGGGCUGGGCUACGACCCCCCAGGGGGUGCCCCUGGACACCACGAAGCUGCCGGAGCAGCGGCUCCCACCGUACCCCUACGGCCAGCCCGGGGUGCUGCUGGGGUCCCAGCCCCCCCCGCGGCCACCCGCACCCCCCCCGCGCCCCUACGGCCCACCCUACCCCCCCCCAGGGCCCUCCCUGGGCCAGCCCCUGGCGCAGCCCCCCGGAGACUUCGGCCUGGGCAGCCUGGAGCAGUUCGGGAUGGGGGAGAGCCCACCCGGGAACAGCGGAGGGUUCCCCGACGACCUGGGGGCCCUGAGUUACCCCCUGAGCGAGGGGGGCUACGACCCCCCUGCCCUGAACCGCCCGAACCUGAGCAACUGCAGCCGGCACGGGCCCAUCCCCAACAUCAUCUUCACAGGCGACUCCCCUCCGGGGCUGUCGAAGGAGAUCGCGACGGCGCUGGCGGGGGUUCCGGGCUUCGAGGUGGAGGGGGGGGCGCUGGGGGGACUGGGGGGGCUGGAGGAGGAGCUGCGCAUCGAGCCCCUCACCCUGGACGGGCUGAGCAUGCUGAGCGACCCCUGCGCGCUGCUCACCGACCCCGCCGUCGAGGACUCCUUCCGCUCAGACCGCCUGCAGUGAGCCCGGCAGGCCCCCCCCGCCGCAGGGACCCCCCUGCGACCCCCGGCGCCGCCCCCGGGGCCACCCCCCGGCCCCGCCGCCCACUGCGCUCCCGCUGAGACUGGAAAAGGGAGCGUGGGGGGCGCCGGGUGCCCCCAAAACGUGGCCAUCGAGGGGUCUGCAGCGAGCACGGGGGGGGCUCCAGCAAUGAGAUCCCCCCUCAAUUCCCAUCCCCUGGGAAAAACCCAGGAAAACAGGGAAAAGGGAGUGAUCCAGGUGCCCCCAAAGUGCAGCCAUGGAGGGGUCCAACCACCCCCAGAGAGCACGGGGGGCUGCAGCACCAUGACCACCCCUCAAUUCCCGGUCCCGGCGGGUGCUGCUCUCUGGGAACACCCGGGGAAGGGGGAGAGGGGUGCAAUCCAGGCGCUCUCCAGCCCUAUGGCCCCCCCCAGAUCAAGCCCAGGGGGGUCCAGCACUGCAACCGCCCACCCCAGUUCCCACCUCCAGGUCCUGUCGAUCCCUGUUCCCGUGGGAAAGCCCCAGGGCCAGCUCGGAACUGGGAAAACUAGGGAGGGGGAGACAACGGGAAACAAUCCAGGCACCCCUGGCCCCCCAAAAUCAACCCCAGGGGAGUCCCAGCCCUGCGCUCCCCCCUCCAGUUCCCACCCCCUGCCCCCACUGGUCACUGUUCUCCUGGGAAAACCCUGGGAAUGUUGGGGGGCGGGAGCAAUCCAGGUGAUCCCAAACCCCCAGACCUUGGCGGGGGGGGGGCCCGGCCCCCCCGGGGGUGGCUGUACAUAAACCCCAUAGGUAGAGACCCCUGGUGGGGGGGCAAGAGGGGGCAGUUUCUGCCUUUAUUUUAUCAUUUUUCUGGCUAAUCAUCAUCUUUAAGGCAAAAUUCCACUCCCCCCCCAAUAUGUACCCCCAGUCCCCCCCCAAAUUACCCAACUGCUGGGGAUGUGUAGAAAGCACUUGUAACUUUGUCCCCCCACCCUCCCCAAAUUGCCCCUCCCCGGGGUAGCACGGGGGGAGGGCCCGUCCACAGGUGGGGGGCCCUGGGCCCCCCCCCGAGGGAGCCAGAGUGAUUUAUAAUUAUUAUUUUUUAAAAUAUAUAUUCUAUGUCAAUUAAC